GUCUUUGCCCAAAUACAUCAUGCUGUCGCGACCAACUUGGAGAAUUGUAAUGUUUCCUUCUGUGGGUUCAUUGUAGGCCUUUGAGCGCCACAGCAGCGAUGGAUGUUGAUAAAAUACGAGCUGUUGCUGCAUCAAUACGGAGCGUCGAUGAAGCAAUUCGCUCGUCAAUAGCGGCGAGCACAGCGGGCGCUAUCGCCAGCUUUCCGCGGAAGGAGGCGCAGAAAACAAGGAGCUCUGAAUCACCCGCAAGGCGGGCAGCAGCGCCACCGCCUGCAGGCUCCGCGGCCAGCCGCUCUCCGGGUGCCGGGAAGGCUGGCGGGCGCGGGGCGGCACUCGCUGCUGCUGCCGGACCGGGCGCUGCGCCUGCAGCAGGCAGCGCCGCGGCCGGCGGCCGGCGCCGAGUCAGCGGUGCCUCAGCAGAUGGAGCUGGCCUGGGGCUGGGUGGCAGCGAGGGCCGGCUCACACACGAGCGGCUGCAGCAAUACGCGGCCGCACACGCGGCGCUGACUGCGCCGUCGCGGCCGGCCGGCCCGCGCAGUGUGGGGGUGGGCGGUGCGGCGGCGCAACAGCUGCGCAAAAGGGCCGUGGCGGGGCUGGUGUCGCCUGCAGCCGCGGGGCUGCUACCCUCGCCGCCACCACCGCAGGCAUAUUCCUCCGUCGCCGGUGGGCCCUACGCUGGUGUGCCGCUCCUGACCCGGUCCGUGUCUGCGGCGGCACCGCUGGCAGCAGCAGCAGCAACAGCGGCAGUGGCGGCCGCAGCGGCCACCGGUGCCCAACGCUAUGCACUUACCACACCGGGCAUGGCUGCGGCUGGUCCGGGCGGGGGCCGGCCAGGGACGUCAUCGAGGCGGCCGGCGUUGCCGCGUGUGCUGCACCUGCGCAGUAGCUACCCGCCCCCGCAGCACGUGCCUCUGCAGGGGCAGCACGGGCGUGCAUGGGGCCCAGGACUUGCGCCCGGACCGCCGCCGCCGCACGGCGCCCCGCCCCCCGAGCGUGCGUUUGGUCCACGGGCGGCGGAAUACCCCUCCCGCGCCGCCGGCCCCGGCCCCGGCCCCGCUGCGGGCUCUGUGGCGGGUGAGCCGCAGCGGCUGGCGGCCCGCGGCCUGGCGCCCCACGUGUCGCAGCCCUCCCCCGUGCAGGCCCGCACACCGCCGCGACCCCUCCAGAGCCAUCCACAGCACGGGGGCCAGACUGCGGGACAGCAGAACCCGCAUCAGCACCAGCAACCGCACCAGCACCAGCACCAGCAUCCGCCGCAGUUCCCCUACAUGGCGGCAGCGGCGGCAGCGGCAGCUAUGGGAGACCAACCACCGCCGCUACCGGACGUAGACGCCGGCGCAGCUGCAGGGUCUUACUACCCGGCGCCUGCCGAGUACCAGCACCCGCACCCGCACCCGCACCCGCUCCAGCUGCAACAGCCGCACCAGGCAGAUCCAUCCCACUCGCUACUUCCGCAGCCGCCCUCCCAACCACCGCCAGCACCACCACAACCGACUGCUGCUGCAAACCAUGGCGGCACCCAGGGCCCGGGCGGGCGGGUGGUGGUGGUGGUGGGCUUGCGCGACGUGGCGCCGGACAAGCUGCCGGGCGGGCCGGGGGCGGUGUGGGGUCGGCACCAGGCCCACAUGCGGGGGGCGGGGGGCGGCCCGGAGGGGGAGGAGGACGAGGACGACGACGCGGGCACACACGCCAGCUGGUGGCUGAGCGGCGGCGACAGUGAGGCCAGCUACCCCAUGACGGCGGUGACGGACCGGCACGUGCGGGUCCCCGCUGGCGGCGGCGGUGGCGGCGAGGAGGAGCUGACUCCCAGUGAGGCGGCGGCGUGGCAGGCGCGGGUGCAGGAGCUGGAGGCGGAGAUGCUGGCUGAGCGGGAGGCCAGGCGGCAGUAUGAGGCCGAGCUCAGCCGCCUGGCCGCAGCAGCCGGCAUCAGGCCCGGACAGCUGCUACGGCUGGCGGGCGGCAGUAGCAGCCUGGCAGCCAAGUCCCGCACCGCGGCGGGCCUGAGGGCGGCUGUAGCAGCGGCGGCGGCGUCGGUGGCGGGCGGCGGCGGGCGUAGCGCGGCCAUGGCAGCAGCAGCUGCUGCGGCAGCGGGGGUAUCAGGGCAGCCGGGUCUGGGCGGCUCGUCGCCGGCUCGGGGAGCGGGGUCGGGGUCGGGGCGGGCGGGGGCCGGUAGUCGUGUGAUGGCUACCGCCCGAGCGCUGGCGGGUGUGGGCAGCAGCCCCGUGCGGUGAGAGCACCAAUACCGGUGGCCUGAUGGAGGUGGCGGCGUGGCCUGAGUGCGCGGCUGGCGGUUGUUGUGUAUCGUGUGCGUGACGCAGGGAUUGCAAGUUCUGAGACGCGUGUCCUGCUGUGCACAGACAGUCACGGGGGGGACAGCGUGGUGCGUCGAGAUGGGCAAGUUCGGUUGGUUCGUUGUGUUCGAGUUAUGCUACGAAAUUCCCAGUACUUCAGCACUUGUUUCACCAAUUGCAGUGAAGAAUUUAUAGAAGUGUUCCACUUGACGUCUCGACCUUCGCUCGUUAAAACAAAAUGCUGAACAUGCGCGUCGCCCCCACGUCGGUCGCCUCCAAGCCGGUUGCGCCUGCACCAGUUGCUGCCACCACAACGCGUCGCUCUCUGGCUCUCGGCGGGCUAUUGUUGCUUCUGGCCCCAGCCCAAGCACAGGCCUACGGUGGUCGCAAGCAGCUGGAGUCCAUGGAUGCAGGCGCCGGCAACCCGCGUUAUGCGGCCCUAGCCAAGAUCGUGGAGGCUCGCAAGGCGGGUGUGGAGGCGCCUGAGGCGGGGCCCAUGGACGCGGUUAAGGAGGCGCCGAAGAAGCGCGCCAUGAAGAAGACCUUCACGUAGAGAGGAGGGCUAUGUGUGUGUGAGAACUGUGGUUGUGUAUACCGUGUGCUUAGACAGACUAUAGAUAGACAGCUAGACAGGUGUGACGUGGAAGUUAAUCAGGGCGUUGGCGCCUUGGCGGGUUACUGCAGGUCGUGUGAAAUGGAGCAGCAACAGGGAUCACGCGCGCAGAAAAGCUAGUUCAAGGUUUGAAGACUGAGGACAAAGGAGAGGCGGGUGUGGGCAGUGGCCAGAGCAAUCGUUGCGGCAGCAGCAAGCCACCGUGUUGGCCAUGUUACCAUGCAGUCCGUGGGGCAGUGACCCACACGGCGGGGUCGGGGCUGGUGUAGCAGCUCCCGGCCGCGACUCACAUCAAGGGCUGAGGCACCUCCGCACUGCUGCCUGUGUAACAUAUGGAACUG